AUGGCUGACAAGAAGCUCCCGGAGGUCGAUCUGGUAACCCGAAUGCAGGUCGAUGACUCCGUUGUGGGCCUUACCGAGAUUGAUGAGUCCCUCUACAGUCGCCAGCUCUAUGUCCUGGGUCACGAGGCCAUGAAGCGCAUGGGCGCUUCCAGCAUCCUCAUCGUUGGCCUCAAGGGCUUGGGUGUUGAGAUUGCAAAAAAUAUUGCUCUCGCCGGUGUCAAAAGUCUGACUCUCUACGACCCUGGCCUGGUCGCUCUCGCCGACUUGUCUUCGCAGUUUUUCCUCCACCCCGAGGAUGUCGGCAAGCCGAGAGACGAAGUCACGGCACCGCGGGUCGCUGAGCUGAACGCAUACACACCGGUCAAGGUUCACCAGUCAUCAAACUUGGGCGAGAACCUUUCGCAAUUCGAUAAGUACCAAGUCGUAGUCCUGACCAGCCUACCACUGAAGCUUCAGAUGCUCAUCGGUGACUACUGCCACUCCAAGGGCAUCUAUUUCGUGGCUGCGGACACUUUCGGGUUGUUUGGCUCGAUAUUCUGCGACUUUGGCGACGAUUUCACCGUCAUCGACCCAACUGGCGAGACUCCCCUCAGCGGCAUUGUUGCGGGCAUCGACGAGGAGGGUGUCGUGUCGGCACUCGACGAGACCCGUCAUGGCCUGGAGGACGGCGAUUAUGUUACCUUUUCCGAAGUUGAGGGUAUGGAGGGUUUGAAUGGAGGCGAGCCCCGCAAGAUUACCGUUAAGGGCCCAUACACUUUCUCGAUCGGCGAUGUCUCCGGCCUUGGCCAGUACAAGCGCGGAGGCCUGUACCAGCAGGUCAAGAUGCCCAAGAAGAUCAACUUCAAGAGCAUCACCGCCGCCAUUAAGGAACCCGAGUUCCUUGUGUCAGACUUUGCCAAGUUCGACCGCCCGCAGCAGUUGCACCUCGGUUUCCAGGCCCUGCACGCCUUCGUCGAGAGCCAGGGCCGCUUCCCCAACCCCUUGGACGACGCCGAUGCGACCGUUAUUCUUCGUUCGGCUGAGGCUUUUGCCAACGCUGAGGGCGUGGAGGUUGAGUUCGAUGAGAAGCUGAUUAAGGAGCUGAGCUACCAGGCGCUGGGCGACUUGAACCCCAUGGCCGCCCUCUUUGGUGGCAUUGUAGCCCAGGAGGUUCUCAAGGCCGUGUCUGGCAAGUUCCAGCCCAUCCAACAGUGGAUGUACUUCGACUCGCUCGAGUCCCUCCCGACCAGCACACCUCGCACCGCCGAGCUCUGCAAGCCCUUGGGUAGCAGAUACGACGGUCAGGUUGUUGUCUUUGGCCGCGAAUACCAGGAAAAGAUUGCCAACCUCCGGCAGUUUCUCGUUGGUGCUGGAGCCAUUGGCUGUGAGAUGCUUAAGAACUGGGCUAUGAUAGGUCUCGGUACCGGUCCCAAGGGCAAGAUCACCGUCACCGACAUGGACUCGAUUGAAAAGAGCAACCUCAACCGUCAAUUCCUGUUUCGCCCCAAGGACGUCGGCAAGAUGAAGAGCGACUGCGCGGCCGAGGCAGUUCAGGCGAUGAACCCCGACCUUAACGGCCACAUUGUAUGCCUGAAGGACCGUGUCAGCCCCGAGACGGAGGAGACGUUCAACGAGGACUUCUGGAACGACCUGGACGGCGUCACCAACGCGCUUGACAACGUUGAGGCACGUACGUACGUUGACCGACGCUGCGUCUUCUUCCGUAAGCCUCUUCUCGAAAGUGGCACCCUCGGCACCAAGGGCAACACGCAGGUUGUCCUCCCACACCUCACCGAAUCGUACUCGUCGUCGCAGGACCCCCCUGAGAAGGAAUUCCCGAUGUGCACGGUGAAGAGCUUCCCGAACAAAAUCGAGCAUACUAUCGCGUGGUCCAAGGACCACAUGUUUGAGAACCUAUUCAUUACGUCUCCCUCCACGGUCAACCUGUACCUGACACAGCCCGGCUAUAUCGAAAGCACGUUGAAACAGGGCGGCAGUGCCAAGCUGACGCUGGAGACUCUCCGCGACUACCUCACCACCGACCGCCCACGGACAUUUGAGGACUGUAUCGCAUGGGCGCGGAUUUUGUUUGAGAAGGAAUUCAACAACAAGAUCCAGCAGCUGCUGUACAACUUUCCUAAGGAUUCGGUAACGUCCAGCGGCACGCCCUUCUGGUCCGGCCCCAAACGUGCCCCCGAGCCGCUGAAGUUCAACCCCAACGACCCCACUCACUUUGCCUUCAUCGUGUCGGCCGCCAACCUGCAUGCCUUCAACUACAAUAUCAAGUCUCCUGGUACCUCCAAGGAUAUUUACCUGCGCGAGCUCGAGAACGUCAUUGUGCCGGACUUCUCGCCUGCGGAGGGCGUCAAGAUCCAGGCCAAUGAGAACGAACCUGACCCCAACGCCGAAGAUGGCCAGGCCAGCUCCUUCGACGACAACGACGAAUUGCAGAAGAUGAUUGCGAGCUUGCCUUCACCUAACGAGCUUGCAGGCUUCCAGCUGCAGCCCGUUGACUUUGAGAAGGACGAUGACUCGAACCACCACAUCGAUUUCAUCACGGCCUGCAGCAACUUGCGCGCCGCUAACUACAAGAUUGAGCCGGCCGACCGCCACAAGACCAAGUUUAUCGCUGGCAAGAUCAUCCCUGCUAUUGCAACAACGACGGCGCUCGUCACAGGUCUGGUGAUUCUGGAACUGUACAAGGUCAUUGACGGCAAGCAGGAUUUGGAGCAGUACAAGAACGGCUUCAUCAACCUGGCGCUACCUUUCUUUGGCUUCAGUGAGCCGAUCGCCAGUCCCAAGGUUGAAUUCAAGGGUCCCACCGGCAUCGUCAAGUUGGACAAGAUCUGGGACCGCUUCGAGGUGGCUGACAUUACGCUCAAGGAGCUCCUGGAGCACUUUGAGAAGCAAGGCCUUACCAUCUCGAUGCUCAGUUCCGGUGUGAGCUUGCUCUAUGCCAGCUUUUUCCCGCCGGCCAAGCUCAAGGAUCGCCAAAACCUCAAGCUGAGCCAGUUGGUCGAGACAGUUUCCAAGAAGCCAGUACCGGCCCACCAGAAGGAGGUCAUCUUUGAGAUGGUUGCCGAGGAUGUUGACGGCGAGGAUGUUGAGGUUCCGUACAUCAAAAUGAAGAUGGCGUAG